GAGGUCAAGGCUAAGACAUUUGAGUUUUGAGUUUUGAAUUGCAGUCCUCUGACAGUAAGAAGAAUACGAAGUGCAUGUUAGUGUUACAGGCAAAUGAAAUGAGCAUCUUUAAGAUGAAGACUCUUCCUUGAAACCUUGGAAACUGAACAAUGUCGAAGGCCAUUCUUUCUCGAAUCAAACCACGUCACCGCCCCAAAGCCUCCCACUUUCUCCCUCCACGUAUCGCCAACCUCGUUUUCGACGUCAUCCGAAUCCUCAGAACCCACCCAUCGAACGAUUCCCUCGAAUCCCGUUUCGCCCAAUCCGAGGUUCCCGUUUCCGACGUUGCCCACUUCGUCAUCGACCGAAUCCACGACGCAGAACUUGCAUUGAAGUUCUUCGAUUGGGCUUCCACCCGACCCUUCUCUUCUCCUCUCAAUGAGGUUGCUCGUUCUUCUCUUCUCAAGCUCUUGGCCAGGUUCAGAGUCUUCUCGGAGAUCGAGUCCGUCUUGGAGAACAUGAAAGCCCAACACUUGAACCCUACCCGUGAAGCACUCAGCGCUCUGAUUCUUGCAUAUGCAGAAUCUGGGUCCAUUGAUAGGGCCCUUCUGUUGUUCCAUACACUGCGUGAAAUGCAUAAUUGUUUCCCCAGUGUUGUUUCCAGCAAUGCGUUGCUGAAUGGUUUAGUGAAAAGCGGGAAAGUUGAUGUUGCGCUUCAGCUGUAUGAUAAAAUGCUUCAAACAGAUGAUGGUGCUUGCGCGGUUGUGGACAACUACAGCACCUCCAUAGUGGUGAAGGGUCUAUGCAAGAUGGGGAAAAUGGAAGAAGGUAGGAGGUUCAUUAAGGAUAGAUGGGGAAAGGGUUGUGUGCCACAUGUGGUGUUUUAUAAUAUGAUUAUAGAUGGCUAUUGCAAGAAGGGUGAUCUCCAAGGUGCAACUAGAGUUCUCAAGGAGUUGAAAAUGAAGGGGGUUUUGCCGACAGUACAAACUUACGGGGCUUUGAUCAAUGGAUUUUGCAAGGUAGGGGAGUUUGACGCAGUUGAUCAACUUCUGACAGAAAUGGUUGCAAGGGGCUUGAAUGUGAAUGUAAAAGUGUUUAAUAAUAUUAUUGAUUCUCAAUACAAGCGGGGUUUGGUAUCUAAAGCGGCUGAGACGAUGAUUAGGAUGGCUGAGAUGGGUUGUGAGCCGGAUAUUACAACUUACAAUGUGAUGAUUAACUUUUCAUGUAAAGGUGGAAGGAUUAAAGAAGCUGAUGAACUCAUAGAGAAGGCAAAAGAAAGGGGAUUGCUGCCUAAUAAGUUUAGUUAUACCCCCCUCAUGCAUGCUUAUUGCAAACAAGGGGAUUAUGUUAAGGCAUCGAAUAUGCUUUUUAGGAUUGCUGAAAUAGGAGAAAAACCGGACUUGGUUUCUUAUGGAGCUUUUAUCCACGGAGUUGUUGUUGCUGGGGAAAUUGAUGUUGCACUGAUGGUCAGAGAGAAAAUGAUGGAGAGGGAUGUAUUUCCUGAUGCUCAAAUUUACAAUGUUUUGAUGAGUGGUCUCUGCAAGAAAGGGAGGUUUCCUGCCAGCAAACUACUUCUUUCAGAAAUGCUUGAUCGAAAUGUUCCACCGGAUGCAUAUGUUUAUGCCACCUUGAUAGACGGGUUUAUUAGAAAUGGUGAACUUAAUGAGGCAAUUAAGCUUUUUGAACUCAUAAUUGGAAAGGGUAUGGACCCUGGCAUUGUCGGUUAUAAUGCCAUGAUCAAAGGUUUCUGUAAACUCGGAAAGAUGACAGAUGCUUUGUCAUGCUUAAACAAGAUGGAAAGUGUUCACCAUGCUCCAGAUGAAUACACAUAUUCCACAAUUAUAGAUGGAUAUGUAAAACAACAUGACUUGAGUAGUGCACUCAAGAUGUUUGGGCAAAUGAUGAAAGAUAAAAUCAAGCCAAAUGUGAUCACCUACACCUCUUUGAUCAAUGGAUUCUGCAUGAGAGCAGAUAUGAUCAGAGCUGAAAAAGUUUUCAGAGGGAUGAAAUCUUUCAAUUUGGAGCCUAAUGUUGUCACAUACACGGUACUAGUUGGGGGUUUCUUUAAGGCCGGUAAACCUAAAAAAGCAACGUCCAUUUUUGAGCUAAUGUUGAUGAACAGUUGUCUUCCAAAUGAUGCUACAUUCCAUUACCUGAUAAAUGGUUUAACAAAUACUACACCUAGUUCAGAUCUUAUUGGCAAAAAUGAGUCUGAAGAAAACGAGAGAUCCUUGAUUUUGGAUUUCUUCGCAAUGAUGAUUUUGGAUGGAUGGGAGCAAGUGAUUGCUGCUUAUAAUUCUGUUAUUAUUUGUCUUUGUAAGCAUGGAAUGGUUGACACUGCCCAAUUAUUGCAAACUAAAAUGCUGAAUAAGGGGUUUCUUAUAGAUUCUGUAUGUUUCACUGCUCUGCUACAUGGCUUAUUCCAAAAAGGAAAAUCAAAAGAAUGGAGAAAUAUCAUAUCCUGUGAUCUGAAUAACAUUGAACUCCAAACUGCUCUUAAAUAUUCCCUGACAUUAGACAAAUACCUAUAUCGGGGAAGGCUCUCAGAGGCUUCAGUUAUUUUGCAGACCUUGAUUGAAGACUCCAAGUUUUCUGAUCUACCGGAGAAAGAUCAAAAUGUUGUAGAAAAAUAGAGUUAGGAAAUUCCCGUGCAUCAGGAAAUUCUAUAAACUAAAGAAGUCAAACAACAAUUCAGUCUCAUGUAUGAAUGUAUAUGUAAGGUGAUCUAUAUAUAAUUUAAAAAAGACAUGCCGAUUUUUUUCUCCUGAAUUCCAUUAAACUUCUUGACGACAGUGCACAUCAAAGACACAGUGCAAAUUAUCUUCAGACAAGCAUUUUACAAAGAGGAGUUUGAAUUGAUAUGAUUUGUAGUUACACGGUAUGCAUUGCAUGAAGGUUUACUUUCCUUCCAAUGGAAGCAUCACGAGCGUGUGUAAUAUUUAUAUACAAAUGUUUGAAAAUUGACAUUUCGUUAGUCUGAUGCAGUCAUUAUUAGCUUUGGAAGCUGUCCAGUUCCUUCCCAGUUACCACCAUAGAAGGAAAAUUUCCCUGACAUUUAUAACACGACCCUAAGGUUAUUUCUUUGGGUUUUGGUAGUUCACUUGUCAUAUUGGGGAAAGUACUUCAACAUGAUAAUAUAUUUCAGGUUUAGUAUUUAUGAUAAUAUGUCCCCUCUGAUAUAUUAUUUGCUGUUUGAGUGGCUUCUUUGACCCCUUGUCCACUUUCCCAUGGCACGAGCAUUAUUGCAGCAAGCUAGAGACACAAAAUAGUUUCUGAGUCAUGGCACUGGAACAUUGUUGAGAUUUCCGUUGAAGUACUUUUGUUAUA